AUGGGUAGUGUGCUUGUUGGGAGAUGGCAGAGGCAGCAGCGUGCGGCUGUUUCUGAUGAAGAGAAGAAGAAAACAAUGGCGGCCAUGGCUUCUUCACCCAUUUUUCUUAAGGCUUCUCUCAACAAAACAAAGGAAGAAGAAGAGUCCAAACUAGGAGAAGAAGUUCCUCCUACUUCUUCUGCUUCUGUCAACUCUGGUUCAACCAGUCAAGUCACUCCACAAGAUGUAAAUCACCCUUAUUUCCUCCAUUCUUCUGAUGCACCUGGUUUAAGCCUUGUGACCACGCCCUUUGAUGGUAGAGGUUUUGCAGGAUGGAGGAGAUCAAUCCUCAUAGCUCUUUCGGCAAAGAACAAGAUAGGUUUCAUAAAUGGAGACUGUGUGGAGCCAAAAGCUGAUGCUCAAGAUCACCCACAAUGGAGUAGAUGCAACUUCAUGGUCACCUCUUGGCUCCUGAAUUCUUUAUCCAAAGAAAUAGGUGACAGUGUCAUCUAUUCGAAAUCAGCAAGGGAUCUAUGGAACAGCCUUGAGCACAGAUUUGGCCAAACCAAUGGAGCCAAACUGCACCAGCUGCAGAAAGAAAUAUCCAUGUUAGUUCAGGGUAACAACAACAUUGCAGGAUAUUUUACCACACUAAAGAAACUUUGGGAUGAACUUGAUUCUCUCAACUCUCAUUUGCAAAACAUCCUAAUGAUGAACCCACUACCUGGAAUAGACUUUGCCUAUUCUCUUCUUCUUCAACAUGAGAAUCAGAGGGAGAUAUAUGCAAGACCACAAUUUAAUGGUGAUGCUACCUCAUUCAUGGCAGGAGUGCAAGGAAAGUUACCACAAAGGAACAACAAUCAACCACAACAAAGGACAUGGAACAGCACACAAAAGGUUAUGGGGACACAGCAGAAAAAUAAGGGAAGAAAAUCAAGGUUUAACCCUAAUGUGAGCUGCACACAUUGCAUGAAGACUGGGCAUGUCAGGGCAGAAUGUUAUAGGCUGAAUGGAUUUCCAGAUGACUUUCAAUUCACUAAUUCAGCACAAGUAAAGGCUAAUGCUACAAUUGAAGGACAAGAUAAUGAGAAUAGGAACACUCAAAACAAUGAAUCAACACUUCAAACUCAGUUUUUCAGCAAGGAGCAGGUGUCUGAAUUAAUGAACCUUAUCAAGCAGGCACAAUUUGCAAAUACCACAGGUCCAGGAACUGCAAUUAAUGCAAAUGCAGUAGCUGGUACCAUUCUUAAAUACUCUGGAACUUGUUUGGCAGCUUUUAACACAAAAAUCUGGAUCAUUGAUUCAGGGGCUUCUGAACACAUGUGUUUUGAUUCAAGUUGUUUUUUAUUCUUAGAUCCUCUUUCUGUUCCUAUACACAUUAGCCUUCCUAGUUCAUUUCAAUUAUAUGUCACACACAUAGGUAGAGUUCCUAUUCAAUCUGAUAUGAUUCUUGAAAGGGUCCCUUUAAUGAGGAGGGGACAAGUUUUUGGUGAAUUAAGAGGAGGAUUGUACCUGCUGGAUCCUAGCCCAACUAAGUUAGAUUCAGAUUCUAGUUUAAGUAACAAUGUUUUAAUUCCAAAAGGAAGUAAUUCCAGUGUUGUUCCUAGCAAGGUUUCCUGUUCUGUUUCUAAUUCCAAUACAGAUGAUUCCAAUUCUUUCUUAAACAUGGUAGAGAGACAGUUUGGGAAGAAGGUGAAAAGAAUCAGAUCUGAUAAUGCAAUGGAACUGGGUAAAGGAUUUUUUCAAUCUGAUUUCCUCCAGUCUCAGGGUAUAUUACAUGAGACUUCAUGUGUGGCAACACCCCAACAGAAUGGAGUUGUGGAGAGAAAGCAUAGACACCUUUUGGAAGUGGCUAGGAGUUUGUAUUUCCAUUCACAAGUUCCUAUUCAGUAUUGGGGAGAAUGUGUUUUGACUGCUACACAUCUAAUCAAUAGGUUUCCUUCCAGGGUUCUAAAUGGGAAAACUCCCUAUGAGAUUUUGUUCAAGAGGAGACCACAAUAUGAACAGCUCAAAUCCUUUGGUUGCCUAUGUUAUGCAUCUACUAUAUCACAACACAGGAGCAAAUUUGAUCCCAGGGCCCAAGCUUGUGUUUUCCUAGGAUAUGCACAACAGCAAAAAGGAUACAAACUGCUAGAUUUGCAUUCCAAGAAAGUUUUUACCUCAAGAGAUGUUAAGUUCCAUGAAAUGAUAUUCCCAUUUGCUACUACUCCUAUCACUUCACCCUUAUUUUUUCCUUCUUAUCCUUUCUUCCCUAAUUAUCCUACCACUACUGAAACUACAUCCCAGAAUUUUCCAUCUCCCAGCACACCCUCUGAUCAUCAGCCAGACUCCACUGACUCCUUUUCUCCUCAGACUUCUGAUUAUAGCCCAUCUAGCUCUAGCCAUCCUUCUGCUAGUCCUAAUCUUGCACCUAGUAUUCCACAUUCUCCUAUGUCUCCUACUCCUUCUCAUACUCCACAGCCUACCAUACCCAUUCCACCUCCCCCUCUUAGAAAAUCUGAGAGAAUCUCCCAGAAACCAACCUACCUUGAUGAUUAUGUGUGUAAUACCAUUGUUUUAUCUGAUCUUACCUCAUCAUGUUUCCAUCAUGUUUCUCAACCUCCUGUGUUUUCUUUUGGAGCCCUUUCUCCUAACAAUCAGGCUGUUUUCAAAUCUAUUUCCUCAGUUUCUGAACCUACCAGUUAUUCUCAGGCUUCUAAGGAUCCUGGAUGGAUAAGAGCUAUGGAAGCUGAAAUCCAAGCUCUUCAGCUCAACCACACUUGGGAUGUGGUGUCUUUACCCCCAGGGAAGAAGGCUUUGCCUUGCAAAUGGGUUUACAAAGUCAAGCACAAGUCAGAUGGAUCCCUUGAAAGGUUGAAAGCAAGGUUGGUGGUAAGGGGGGAUAUUCAAAGAGAAGGUGUGAAUUAUUUUGAGACUUUCAGUCCAGUGGUCAAAAUGACCACCAUCAGGUGUUUACUAACUGUAGCUAUAAAGAAGGGUUGGGAGGUCUCCCAAUUAGAUAUCAACAAUGCAUUUCUACAUGGAGACCUCCAGGAAAAGGUAUACAUGAAAUGUCCAGCUGGUCUCACUCCCUCUCACCCUAAUCAGGUGUGUCUACUGAGGAAGUCACUCUAUGGUUUAAAACAAGCAUCCAGGCAAUGGUAUGCUCGUAUGGCAGCGGCUCUUAGCUACAAAGGAUAUUCUAGUUCUUUGAAUGACUAUUCUCUAUUCUACAAGCACACAAAUCAGCAUGUUUCUAUUAUUGCAGUAUAUGUUGAUGAUAUUCUUAUUACAGGAAAUGAUGAUCUAGAAAUACAGCAUAUUACUGAGUUCUUGAAUUCUGAAUUCAAAGUUAAGAACUUAGGGAGUAUUCAUUAA